AAGAGAAGCUGCUGGCGUGUAUUCAUCUGCUGCAACCUCCCCCAAACAUCUUUCAUCUCCAAACAUUUCACAUAUAUCAUAUUUGUCGCUCGACAGCCACACAAACCAUCAUGGGCGUCUCUCCUCGCGUCUACCAAUUCUUGGUUUCUAUCUUCGCAUCUCUCGGCUCUUUGCUCUACGGCUACGACUUAGGUGUUGUUGCCGAAGUCGUUGCAGCUCCGUCUUUUCUUGCACAAUUCGGCGACAACUCAACGAAAACAGGCCUCGUGGUUUCUCUUUUUACCGUAGGAGCUUUCUUCGGAGCCUUCUGGGCAGGCCCUUGCGGAGAUUAUCUCGGACGUAAAUGGACCAUCUUCAUUGGUGGCGCCAUCUUCAUUCUCGGCGGUGCUGUACAGACCGGAGCACAAGAUUACAGCUAUAUGUUUGGCGGCAGAUUUGUUGCUGGUCUUGGCGUCGGUGCAUUAAUCAUGAUCAUCCCACUCUACCAAGCUGAACUUGCACACCCGAGUAUCCGAGGAAGAAUCACAGCCCUUCAACAGUUCAUGCUUGGAGUGGGUAACCUCAUUGCAGCCUGGGUGUCCUACGGCACAUACAUAUCCUUUGAAGAUGACGAUAGCGCUCAGUGGAGAAUUGGCCUUGGUCUCCAGAUUCUGCCCGCCCUCUUCUUGACCUCGCUUAUCCUUCUCUUCCCCGAGUCGCCUCGCUGGCUCAUCCACCAUGGACGCAGCGAAGAAGGAUUGGUAGUAUUGGCCAAGCUUCAUGCUCGUGGAAAUGACCAGGACGAUUUCGUGCAAGAGGAGUACAAUGCUAUCACCGCAGCAGUCGAAUACGAGAAGGAACACGCUGCAAAGUCAUACGCCGAAUUGUUCAAGACGAGAUCGAGCUUCCGCCGCCUGAUUACUGCUCUGUCACUCCAAGCUUCGGUCCAGAUGAGCGGUAUUUCAGCCAUCCAAUACUACUCUCCGGAUAUCUAUGGCCAAAUCGGCAUCUCCGGAAGUGAUACUUUCAUGUUCCAAGGCUUCAACGCUAUUGUCGCCCUAGCCGCCCAAUUCUGCUGUAUGCUAUUCAUUGACCGCGUCGGACGCCGCUGGACUCUGAUUGGUGGCAACUUGCUCAACAUGGUCACUUUUAUCAUUGCAACCGCUCUACUAGCUUCUUACCCGCCCGGCAGCUCGACCAACAGAUCUGCUCAAGAAGCCUUCAUCGCAAUGACCUGGUUGUUCAACUUCUCCUACAGUGUUGCAUGUGGACCAUUGAGUUGGAUCAUUCCCGCCGAGAUCUUCGACACGCAUACCAGAUCUAAAGGUGUCUCUCUAGCGACCGCAUGUUCCUUCGCCUUCAACACCCUCAUUGGCCAAGUCUCGCCCAUCGCACUGGAGCGUAUUGGCUGGAAGUACUAUAUCCUAUUUGUGGUCUGCUCUGGCACCAACGCAUUGUGGUUCUGGGCAACUCUGCCCGAGACAGCUAAGAGGCCAUUGGAAGAGAUGGGUCCCCUGUUCCAAAAGAUGCCUUGGUUUGUUCCUGACAAAUCGAGGAUAUCUGUACAACAACUUUGGGGAGACGAGUGGAGAGGAAGUGCUGGAGAGCUUGGUAAAGCUGAGGAGAAGGAGAUGAAGAUUGAGAAAGCUCACGAAUGAUUUAGUGCUUUCCAGUUUCCAAUAGAUGAGUAC